AUGAAGGCACGUAUCUAAUAUGAUCAUAUUAAUGAUUUGCAUCAAAUGUAAUAAUCUGAUCCAAAUGCUAAGAAGUCUUCAUAUUAAUAACAUCAUGGUAUAUAAAUUGUUUAUAUGUAUUAUUUAGUGUUUACAAAAUAUAUGUAAGAUGAAUGUGACCAUCAAAACUUUGAUUAUCAUUAGAUGAAGAACGACUUAAAACAAUACCAUGAGGCCUUUGUUAUAUGUCAAAAAACACUAAGAAAAUGA